GAGCCGAGGGCGGUGGCUUGGGCGGCUGGUAGGCGUCGUCCGCCCCUCCGCACCCGCGGUGUGGACGCAGAACUCAGCGGAGAAAGGCGGCUGAGAAAUGGAGGGGAAAAUGAAGUAUUAAAAGUGGCAGCGAUGCGGCAGAUCCUAAGAGAACCAUGGCAACAUCAGGUGACUGCCCCCGAGGUGAACUGCAGGAGGGAGAAGAUCAUGUGGAGUGUGGUGACCAGGAGCAUCUCCAGGAGGGUAUGCACCCAGAAGAGUUUGUGGCCAUUGCAGACUAUUCUGCCACUGACCAGACGCAGCUCAGCUUUUUGAGAGGAGAAAAAAUUCUCAUCCUGAGACAGACAACUGCUGAUUGGUGGUGGGGCGAGCGUGCAGGCUGCUGUGGGUACAUCCCUGCAAACCACCUUGGGAAGCACCUGGAGGAGUGUGACCCUGAAGACACGUGGCAGGAUGAAGAGUACUUCGGCAGCUAUGGAACCCUGAAACUUCACUUGGAAAUGUUGGCAGACCAGCCACGAACCACUAAAUACCACAACGUUAUCCUGCAGAAUAAAGAAUCCCUGAAAGAUAAAGUGAUUCUGGACGUUGGCUGUGGAACUGGGAUUAUCAGCCUCUUUUGUGCACAUUAUGCGCAGCCGAAAGCCGUGUAUGCGGUGGAGGCCAGCGAGAUGGCCCAGCACACAGGGCAGCUGGUCAUGCAGAAUGGCUUUGCCGACAUCAUCACCGUUUUCCAGCAGAAGGUGGAGGAUGUGGUGCUGCCGGAGAAGGUAGACGUGCUGGUAUCCGAGUGGAUGGGGACCUGCCUGCUGUUUGAGUUCAUGAUUGAGUCGAUCCUGUACGCCCGGGACGUGUGGCUGAAGGAGGAUGGGGUCAUCUGGCCGACCACGGCCGCGCUGCACCUGGUGCCCUGCAGCGCGGACAGAGACUACCGCAGCAAGGUGCUCUUCUGGGACAACGCCUACGAGUUCAACCUCAGCGCCCUCAAAUCUUUAGCAAUUAAGGAGUUUUUUUCGAAGCCCAAGUACAACCACAUUUUGAAACCAGAAGACUGUCUCUCUGAACCAUGCACCAUAUUACAGCUGGACAUGAGAACCGUGCAGAUUGCUGACCUAGAGACAAUGAAAGGCGAGCUGCACUUUGAGAUCAGGAAAGCCGGCACUCUGCAUGGAUUCACAGCCUGGUUCAGUGUCCGGUUUCAGAGCCUGGAGGAGGAUGAGCCCCAGCUGGUGCUGAGCACAGGCCCGUUGCACCCCACCACCCACUGGAAGCAGGUGCUGUUCAUGAUGGACGAGCCUGUCCCCGUCCUCACGGGAGAUGUGGUCACAGGCUCGGUUGUGUUGCAGAGAAACCCCGUGUGGAGGAGGCACAUGUCCGUGGCGCUGAGCUGGUCCGUCACUUCCACACAAGACCCCACAUCGCAGAAAGGUGGAGAAAAAGUCUUUCCCAUCUGGAGAUGACAGCUGAAGUUCUGUGGGAAGCAGUGUGCAGACACUGCAGGAAUGAACCCGAGCGAACGAAGACGCACUGGGACGGGGGCCCACGUUCUCGCUGCCUG